AUGGCGGCGCGGGGCGAGGCCGUUGAAGCGGCGGCCAACUUGGCCGUGGUGGUGCGGGCAGUCGGCGAGCUGUGCCUGGAAAACCGACCGGUUCCUGAACCUGGUCCUAAUGAAGUGCUUUUGAAAAUGCACUCUGUGGGAAUCUGUGGGUCUGAUGUGCACUACUGGCAACAUGGACGAAUUGGGAAUUUUGUGGUGAAGUCUCCAAUGGUGCUGGGGCACGAAGCUUCAGGAACCGUUAUUAAAGUAGGGUCUUCGGUGACCAAGUUAAAGAAAGGUGAUCGAGUAGCUGUUGAGCCUGGCGUCCCUCGAGAAAUAGACGAAUUCUGCAAAAUUGGACGUUACAAUCUAUCUCCAACCCUUUUUUUCUGUGCAACCCCUCCCGACGAUGGGAACCUGUGCCGAUAUUACAAGCACGAUGCCAACUUUUGCUACAAACUUCCAGAUAAUGUCACCUUUGAGGAAGGAGCUCUUGUGGAACCUCUUUCAGUUGCAAUUCAUGCCUGUAGAAGAGCUGAGGUGACCCUGGGUAGCAAAGUCUUCAUUUGUGGUGCUGGACCCAUUGGGCUCGUGACUUUGCUCAUUGCUAAGGCGAUGGGAGCCACGCAAGUGGUGAUUAGCGAUUUGUCGGCUCCCCGACUUGAGAAAGCUACAGAAAUUGGGGCUGAUUUCACCAUCCAGGUCAAGGGCCAGAACCCUGAGGAGCUGGCCAGUAUGGUGGAAACCUUGUUGGGUUGUAUGCCUGACAUUACCUUGGAGUGCACUGGGGCAGAAUCCUGCAUCCAGACUGGAAUCUAUGCCACCCGUUCUGGUGGGACUCUGGUUCUGGUGGGUCUGGGCCCAGAAAUGGUCACCUUGCCCAUUGUGAAUGCAGCGGUGCGUGAGGUGGACAUCCGUGGGAUAUUUAGAUACUGCAAUACGUGGCCCAUGGCGAUUGCGAUGCUUGCAUCGAAAAAAAUAAACGUGCAGCCCCUGGUGACUCACCGUUUCCCUUUGGAAAAGGCAACAGAAGCAUUUGAGGCAACCAAGAAAGGGAUCGGGAUAAAAAUCAUGCUAAAAUGUGACCCUCAUGACCAGAAUCCCUAAAAAAA